AUGUCGAGACCGUCGCAUCGGACGCGCUCGCCGCGGCCAUUCGCGACGGCGAAUCCCUUCCCCCUCGCCCUCAUUCUUGUUAUCGCGCUCUCUGCCUCCAGUCUCGCGGGCUCGACUUCUGCCGCCGCCCCUCCUCCCGUCGGCUCGCCGGGGAGCGGCAAUUCUGACACAUAUGUUGUCGCGGAGAUGGUGGAUGGCGACUCACGCGCAGUCAUCUACCUGCGCCUCUCCUUCGAUUCCGCCACCGCCACCGUCCAAGCGACCUACAAGAUCUUCGCUGCUCUCCCCACCGGCCCGCCCGCCUACAUCACCCUAGCAAACACAACCGUCCCCGGAUGCGACCCGUCCAGCUGCAGCCUCCCCCCAGCCGCGCCCACGUGGGUCCAGCCCGUGCCGUCCGUGUGGCAGGCUGUCGGCACAUUCACCAGCACCGCUGCCACCGAUCCCGAGCGCUACGCUGCUCUGCUACAGAUGAUUGAUAACUCGUUGGUGUUCCCCGGGGUGGUCAUGGCGUAUGGGACAAGUACCAUGCAGGCGGCUGGGUUGCGGUCGGCAGUGGGGCAGUUCCGGGUUGAUGCCAACCUGAAAUUCCUGGAAGUCAGGCCAGUCCCGGCGACUGUUCCCAACCCCAACUACGUCGUCCGCUUUCGCUCCUACAUGCCUGGCGGCGCCAACCUCACCUUCACCCAGUCGGCCGAUGGGCUGUCCUUCCGAGUGGACGUUGUCUUCGUCGUGGUGGUGCCCACCGAUGAACCCUUCACCACCGCCCUCCGAGUCUCCCUGGCUUCAAACCCUCCUGCUUGUUUCCCUGUUUCUGUGCGGCAGAGCCGAUGGGCUGUCCUUCCGAGUGGACGUUGUCUUCGUCGUGGUGGUGCCCACCGAUGA